GGAUCCAAAACUAGAGAGAGAGAGAGAGAGCGGGGUAGAGAGAGAGAGAGAGAGAGAGAGAGAGAGAAUGGCGCUCUCCUCUCGCCUCUCCCCAUUGUUGCUGUGGUUGCUCAUCUCAGGCCAAGUGCUGGGAGUCCCGGGCCUGAAAUUCGGGAUCAACUACGGGCAGAUCGCGAACGACCUGCCCAGCCCGGCCCGCGUGGCGACGAUGCUGCAGUCCCUAAACGUGAACAAGGUGAAGCUGUACGACGCGGACCCGAAGGUGCUGUCGGCCUUCGCGAACACGGGGGUGGAGUUCAUCAUCGCCAUCAGCAACGACAACGUGGCGAACAUGACGGACGCCUCCAGGGCGAGGUCCUGGCUGGCGCAGCGCGUGCAGCCCUUCCUCCCGCAGACGCGGAUCACGUGCAUCACCGUGGGCAACGAGGUGCUGUCCGGCACCGACACCGCGCUCAUGUCCAACCUCCUCCCGGCCAUGCAGGCCAUGUACCAGGCGCUCGUGGCGCUGGGGCUGAGCGAGCAGGUCAACGUCUCCACCGCCCACUCCCUCGCCAUUCUCUCCACCAGCUACCCGCCGUCCGCCGGCGCCUUCAGCCCGGAACUCGCGCAGUACGUCCAGCCGCUGCUCAACUUCCUCGCGCAGAUCAAAUCGCCCUUCCUCGUCAACGCCUACCCCUUCUUCGCCUACAAGGCCGACCCCUCCGCCAUAUCCCUGCCCUACGUGCUCUUCCAGCCGAACGCCGGCGUCACGGACCCCACCACCAACCUCACCUACGACAACAUGCUCUACGCGCAGCUCGACGCCGUGUACGCGGCCAUGCGGAGCAUGGGCCACGCCGACGACGUGGACGUCAGGAUAUCGGAGACCGGCUGGCCGUCCAAGGGGGACGCGGACGAGCCCGGGGCGACCGUCGCCAACGCGGCCGCGUACAACGGAAAUCUGCUGAAGAGGAUAGCGGAGGGGCAGGGCACGCCCAUGCGGCCCGCCGUGCCCAUCGACGUCUACGUUUUCGCGCUCUUCAACGAGGAUUUGAAGCCCGGCCCCACGUCCGAGAGGAACUACGGCCUCUUCUACCCGGACGGCACUCCCGUUUACAAUAUUGGCUUGCUGGCCGGCUCGGCCUUCUCUCCUUCCCCAUCCUCCCUAUUCUCCUCGUCGUCUGCUCCCAACACAAACAGAAACAGAAAAUUGCUGCUGAUAACGUCUUGGUUGGGUGGUAUUCUUAUCCUACUAGUUGUGGUGAUAUUGCUAUAAAAGAUUCUCCACACAGUAUUCUUCGCUAGGAUGGACCAAUCUAUGAUUGGAGAUCAUGUUCACAACUAAAUAGAAACUUCACCGUACUACAGAGGAAUAUAUAUAUGCUCAAAAGCUUUUAAAGAGAACGAGGAUUGGUUGAUUGUGGUUGAUGUUGUUUUCAAUAUCUAGGAGCAUCAUUAUUGGUACAUACAGAUAGAGAGUGGAUGCUAGGAAUAUCUCAAUAGUAAUUGCAGUAAUUCUAUUACUUAGUAGCUUUUUGAUUUGGUUUAUUGAUGUAAAAAAAAAAAAAAAAAAAUAGUGCAUUAGUUAUCACUCAGGUUAUUUUUCUAGAUUGAAUGUAAUUCUUUUUUAGGCUUCUGCCCCAGCAGGCUCAUUUGGCAUGACAUGGCAUUUAUUUUUUUGUUUCCCUUUAUAAUAGAAGAUUUUGACUUUUUAGAAUGA